AUGUCCGGCCUCGACGUGGAGGCUCUUCUUGAGUCCACCGCCACGCCCGCUGCGGUCCCCGCCGCCUCGCCCCAGCAGGAUUCUGGCGAUGGCCACUCUAAUGUUUCGUAUGAUCGUCGCGACCGCGACCGUGACCCUUCCCGCGACAGACGCCGUCGCCGCCCUGUCGACGCUGAUGAUCACGAUGAUAUAAGAAGUCCCCACAGCGGUAGCGCUAACGGAAGCCAUAGAAGUCGCACUCCUGACAAUGACCGCCGCUACUCCCGUCGUGACCGUUACGGUGACCGUCGCUCUAAUGGUGACUAUUACCGCGGUGGAGGCCGUCACCGCUCGCGUUCGCCCCGCAAUGACCGUCGCUACCGCCCCCGUGUGGAGCGUGAUCAUAGCCGUGAUCAUAGCCGUGACCGUGGCCAUGACCGUGGCCAUGACCGUGGCCGUCGCGACCGUCGCCGCACCCCCACCAAUUCCCCUGAACCUAAUGACGAUGAGCGGGACAAGCGUACCGUUUUUGUGCAGCAGCUGACUGUUCGCCUUCGCACCCGAGACUUGAUCGAGUUCUUCACCCAGGCCGGGCCCGUCAAGGAGGCUCAAAUCGUCAAGGAUCGUGUCAGCGGCCGUUCCAAGGGGGUUGGAUAUGUCGAGUUCAGGGACGAAGAAUCUGUUGCCCGUGCCCUCGAGCUUACCGGACAGAAACUGACAGGUCAACCCAUCAUUGUGUCAUUGACUGAGGCAGAGAAGAAUCGCCAAGCCCGUAACCGGGAGGGUCGCUCUGGUGGUCAGACGACUGCUUCUUUCCACAGACUCUACGUCGGUAACGUUCACUUUAGCAUUACUGAGAAAGAUCUCUACAGCGUGUUCGUCCCCUUUGGCGAGCUUGAAUACGUUCAGUUGCAGACAGACGAGGAUGGACGCAGCAAGGGCUAUGGUUUUAUCCAGUUCGUUAAUCCUUCAGAUGCUCGCACUGCUUUGGAAGGAAUGAACAACUUUGAGCUCGCUGGCCGCACAAUCCGUGUGGGUCUUGGAAACGAUAAGUCUUCCACCCCAGAUGGCAAUGCCAAUCGCUCUUCAUCUUCAGCCAACCAACAGGGAUCCUCCUUCUCUGGCCAGGGUGGUCGUGGCAUCCAGGCCGGUGGUUCCAACAACUUUGCCCGUGCUGGCGGCAAUGAGCAAGGCGCCGGGGCCAGUGCCCUGGACGAUGCUGAUGUGGCUGGUGUGAACUUCAACAACUAUAGCAGGGACUCAUUGAUGCGCGCGCUCGCCCGGACCGGUGAAGCCAGUCCCGCUUCUCACGAACAGCAGAUUAUCCCACGCCCUGGAACUGAGGCCCGUCCCCUGCCUACCCCCGCAACCCCGGCCAGUCGCUGCAUUAAGAUCAGCAACGCGUUUGAUGCCUCCGAGGUCGAAAGCGACGAAUGGAUCAAGGAACUUGAGAACGAAGUCCGUGCCGAGUGUGAGCAAUCGUACGGCCGCGUAAUUCACAUUUCGCUGGAUCCACACUCCGACGGCGAUAUCUACCUCAAGUUCGAGCGCGUUGCUGGCGGAGAGAAAGCCUUGCAGGGUCUCAAUGGUCGUUUCUUCGGAGGCAGGACGAUAACUGCGGAACCCGUUGUCGACGCUGUCUACCGCAGUCUCUUCAACCGCAAUCGAGCUAUCUGA